GCUGAAUUACACACCAGCAGCGAGGGGAAGUAUAAAGAGAAAUCUGUCUGGUUCCAGCUUCAGUCUCACUGCUGGAACUCAUGAGAAAGAAGGGACAAGAUUGCAACAAGAAGUCUUGAAUCGUUUCCUGCAGACACAGAAUAUACAGAUCCAGUUACCCUCAACCAUUUGCAGGAUCAGUUAUGGAAGCCUGGUUCAUCUUUGACAUGGUUGGCUUCAUUUUAUUGGACAUGGUGGGGAUCCCAGGGAACCUAAUCAUCCUCUAUGCCUUCACCCACAUGUUAAUAUGCCACAGAAAAGUCACGCCCUCUGAAAUUAUACUGAGCAACCUUGCGCUCUCCAACCUCCUGGUUAUCCUGACCCAAGGGAUCCCCAUCACCCUCAAAACCUUUAGGCUUCAGAACACAUACAAUGACCUGGUCUGCAAAAUUACCCUCCAUAUUUACUGCAUGGGCAGAGCCAUGACCAUUUGCAUCACUUCCCUGCUGGGCUGUUUCCAGUGUAUCCUCAUUGUCCCAUCUCCUUGCAAAUGGUUGCGCUUGAGAGAGAACCUGCUGAAAAAUCUCUCCUCAGUUAUGAUUUCCUUUUGGUGCUUCAACCUUUUUGUGUGCAGUACCCACCUGGCUUAUUCCUCCUCCCAGGCUGCUGCAAACUCCUCGAUCAUCAAAAGCUACACAGUGGUGUACAACUUCUGCUGCGUGGUUUUCCCCAGCCGCCUUUUGUACUUAGGAAACGGGGCGGUGUCUGUCACUCGGGACUUGUUCUUCCUGGGAAUCAUGACUCUUUCCAGCUGCUACCUUCUCUCCAUGUUUUAUCAGCACGGGAAGCAGGCAAAACAUCUGUUGGGGCUGCACACAAAGCACAUGGAGAUCCAGGCAGCCAAAGCCGUGGUGGCCCUGUUAAUCAUGUACCUUCUCUGUUUUGGGCUGGAUAGCCUCUUCCGGGUCUAUACUCUCUGUAUGUACCCUGUCUCACUGAGCCUCAUUGAUGCCCGGAUGUUCCUUGAUUCCUGCUACUCGGCCAUCAGCCCACUGCUGAUUAUCCUGACCAACAAGAAGGUACAGACAGGUUUGAAAUGUUCAACCAAGAGGAGACCGUUACCAGGUGCAGACAGCAUCUCACAGUAUAUCCAAUAAGAAACAAAGGGACCAGGUAGCAACUUUCAGGCUUAAGGCUUAUUCAGCUUUGUUUUUAAUAUUACAAUUGUUGCUUACACACACACACA